ACAAGACUAUCUGCUUCAACUCUUAAGGGUUGAUGAUGAUAAUGUAAAAAAACAUUUGGGAGACAUUAGAGAUCCAACUGAAAUGUGGACGAAAUUACUAAUGCUUUUUGAUACUGUAAAUAGUUUGUUGGAAAACGGAAAAGAUGUGCCAAUAUCAGCAAUCGAUACGAUAUUGCGGGGAACGCAAACUUAUUCCUCUGUCAUGAGUUUUCUUAUUCAAGUACAUAUAUAUCUCGCAAAUUAUCAUUAUCAACAAGGUAAUUUAGACGACUACAAUAAUGAAAUGGCCAAUAUUGACAAUGUAUAUACAAAAUAUUCGAACAUUUUAAUUCAUAGAGAUAAGUCUAUCAUUGGAUACGCCGAAGAUAUAUUAUCAAAAGUACCUUCGAAUCCAGUUUAUUAUGAAAAUAAUUUUUUAUCCGAUUCGACGAAACUUCUUAAUGAUUUAACGUAUGAAAUUUUAAACUUUAAUGUAACAAUAUUAAGGCCCGUUAAUGACAUGUUUAUAUCAUUUGAAGCGAUUUCUAACGAGACCGAAUAUCCUAGGUGUGAUUGUACAAUAAAAUACGCUUUGCAAUUUAAGAAAGAAGGAGUUUAUUCGAAAAUCAGUCAAUGGACAACACCAUCCAGAAUAGAGAAAAAAGGUUAUCUGACCCUAAGAAUACCAAUUGAUACGGAAAACAAGCGACUCAUUUUUCGUCAGAUAGGGGAUAAUAAAGCAGAGUUAGUAGGAAUGGUCAAUACUUCACAAACUCGUUUUUGGGAUAUCAAUAGGGAUCUUUACAAUGCUGUGAAAAAUCCAUUGGAGGAAGAAGCUAUGAAAGAAGUAGAAUUAUACAGGAAACAUGGUGCUGAUAUUAAGGCGACAUUUGAAUACGGAAGAAGUGCUAUUCACGAAGCUGUUCUAGCCGGUCAUACAAAUUUAGUACAAUAUCUACACGAAAAAGGAGUUGAUAUUAAUAUGGCAGAUGAUGAAGGUUACACUCCCUUGCAUUUAGCCGCUGAAGCUGGUAGAAAAAAUGUUACUAAAUAUUUGGUGAGUAUGAGAGCAAGGAAAAGAGCAAUAACCAAAAUGGAUUUACUGACACCGUUACAUCUUGCAAGUAAAAAUGGAUAUUCGGAGCUAUUACAACAUUUAAUUAAUAAGAAAACUGUAAACGGAAAAGACAAAUUCGGAUUCACACCUCUUCAUGCAGCCGUCAAAGGAGGAAAAAGUGUUAUGAAUUUUUUUCUCAUGAAAACAAAUUUUAAUCCAAAUGUCAAUGCGAUGUCUGAAUUUCGUAAAUUUACUCCAUUACAUCUUGCAGUAAUGAAAGGAGACCUGGAAGUUACACAAGUUUUAGUUAGAAACAAUGUGACACACUUGAAUGCUAGAGACCUUGAUGGCCUUGCUCCUCUUCACUACGCAGCACUUGCUCUUCCGUCAGAAAAAACUAUUGCGAUCGUCGAAGAAUUACUUAAUGCAAAGGAAAAAAUUGACCCAAAUGCUGAAUGUAAGAAUGGUUGGACUGCUUUGCACUAUGCAUUAUUUAAAAGGAAUACAGAUGCAGCUUUAAAACUGGUAAGAAAUGAAAAAAUCGAUUUAUCGUUGCGUCUUGAUGGAAAUGUCACUUUUUUGCAUUUAGCAGUAUCGGCUGGACAAAAGGAAGUUAUUCCCAAGUUGCUCGAAAAAAACAUCAAUAUUGAAGCUGAAACAGAGGAUGGAUACACAGCACUUCACUUAGCAGCUAUGAGAAAAGAGUCCGAAACUGCUUAUAAGUUAGUUGAAAUGGGGGCAAAUAUCGAAGCCCGUACCAAAAACUAUUCCACCCCAUUGCAUUAUGCGGCUUCGGCAGGCAGAAUUAAAAUAGUACAAGAUCUUUUGGAAAAGGAAGCAAGUAUGCUGGUUCGUAACAAAGAAAAGCGAUAUCCGAUCCAUGAGGCGGUAUCCCAUGGUCAUUUAGAUGUUACGAAACUGUUUAUUGAAGAAGAUAUCAACAUUGUGUAUGAGAAAGAUAUCACUGGCAAAUCAUCUGUGGACAUAGCUAUAGAGAAUUCAUAUAACGAUAUUAUUAUUGAAUUUGUAGAUAAAGGACUUAAUUUGACUGGGCUUUACGGGGAAGGAAGACCACUUUUGCAUACUUUCGCGAAGAUUGGAAACAUUGAAAUGGUGCAAUAUUUUCUUAGUAGAGGUGCAAAUGCUAAUGGCUCAGAUUUCGAGAAUAAGACGUUUUAUGACUUGGCUGUUGAAAAUGGUCAUAAAAACAUUGUAGAAUUCAUUUUUGAGAACGAAACAAUCAGUCGUCCACAAUUGGACGAAGUUUCUUGCAAAGCCAUUGCUUCUGGUCAGCUGGAUAUUAUAAAAUAUUUAAUAGAGCAGAGCGAAAUAUCAUGCGAUCCAUUACAAACUGCAGCUUCAGAAGGUCAACUGGAAAUUGUAGAAUAUUUAGUUGAAGAAGCUGCUUACCAUGUAAGCGAGAAUAGAAACGGACAAACGGCUUUGUGUAAUGCAAUGGAAAAAGGACAUUAUGAUGUCGUCAAGUAUUUAGUUAGUAAAGGAGCGGAGAUAGAUGGAGACUGUUCCAUAGGUUCAAAAGAGUAUACUCCAUUGAUUUAUGCCAUUGAAUAUAAGAAUAUGGAAAUAUUUACAUUUUUUGUUAGCCGUAUUUCUGAUAUCAACAGAAAAGAUAUAUUUCAAAAUACUCCGUUGUAUUACAGCUCUUCACUUAACUGCUUAGAAUGUGUCAUGCAUUUAAUCGAAACAAAAGAAAGAACUAUUAAUCUAAACGCACUGAAUUCCAAUAAUAAAACUGCAUUGGAAGCUGCCUAUGAAAAACAAAAUCUUGAAAUUAGUAAAUACCUCCAAGGACUUGGAGUUACUACUACGACUGCUGCUACAAUUACGACUACUUCAGAUUCUAGGUGCGUUGGUCGUCUCGACUGUGGAUAGAGUAGCAUAUUCCAGGCUCCUACUCUAUCAUGAAUGGACAAACAUCUUCUGGAUUACUUUUCCUUUAUUUAUCUCUUUUAUUUAUAUUAGAACUGCUUAAUUUUUUUUUCUUACCUGAGUUAAUAAUUUAA